CAUCCUGUUCGUGUGCCAAUGAUGCGCCGUCAUUGGUUGCUGGUUGGUGCUUGUGGCUGGGUGCUACUUAUCCUUAUGUUCGUCAGCAAGUUCAUCAACUUCAGCUUCAGAAUACCAGGUGACUAUGCAGAGAGGACAGAGAUGUUUGUUUGGACCUUGCCAUCUGUUACGAUGAAUCUACAGUGGCCAGACAAGGGAGCAUCGCAGCCAUAUAUACUGUCCUCAGUUGGUCCCUCUUUGGUGGAGCCCACAAACUGGCAGUCAGUGAAUGAGAAGCGUCUGGAGCUGUUAGCAACUGUUUGCAGAAAUUCAUCUCUGUGGAACCUCACCCACACAACUGUGGGCAAGUUUGUGUUGGACCGCAUUUUUGUGUGUGACAAGCACAAAAUACUCUUCUGUCAGACACCCAAAGUUGGAAAUACACAAUGGAAGAAGGUUCUAAUUGUCUUGAAUGGAAAGUUCUCAAAAGUUGAAGAUAUACCAGAGAACCUGGUUCACGAUCAUGAAAGAAAUGGUUUACCCCGCCUGUCCUCUAUGACGGACACAGAAAUUCAUCAAAGGUUAAAUUCCUAUUUCAAGUUCUUUAUUGUGAGAGACCCAUUUGAGCGUCUCAUAUCUGCUUUCAAGGACAAGUUUGUGAAGAACCCAAGAUUUGAACCUUGGUACAAACAUGACAUUGCCCCAGCCAUCAUUCGUAAAUAUCGCAAGAGUCACCAUGAUGAUAGUGGAAAAGUGGGUCUUCAGUUUGAAGACUUUGUACGGUACUUGGGUGACAAGUCAGGCCGACAGCACUUGGAUAGGCAGUUUGGUGACCACAUUAUUCACUGGAUGACAUAUGCUGAACUGUGUGCUCCUUGUGAUAUCCCCUACAAUGUUGUGGGACACCAUGAGACUCUGGAGCAUGAUGCUCCUUAUAUUCUAAAAGCUGCUGGUAUUUCUGACCUGGUGUCAUACCCAAAUAUCCCACCAGGGAUAACCCGCUACAACCACACCAAAGUGGAACGCUAUUUUACUGGAAUCAGCCAACGAGAUGUUCGUCGACUCUACGCUCGCUACCAGGGAGACUUCAGCCUGUUUGAUUACCAGAGACCUGCCUUCCUAGUGGGCUGACAUUGAGAUUUCCUGACUCCAUUAUAUAUAUAUAUAUAUAUAUAUAUAUAUAUAUAUAUAGAGAGAGAGAGAGAGAGAGAGAGAGAGAGAGAGAGAGAGAGAGAGAGAGAGAGAGAUAGAUAGAUAGAUAGAUAGAUAGAUAGAUAGAUAGAUAGAUAGAUAGAUAGAUGUGUUGUUCUUUUGCACUGAUCUGAGACUUAAUUAGUUACUAUACACAUAAUAGUAUGUUUGAAGACAUUCAUGUGUGGAUUUGGGUUGGUCCGGAAUCUGCACUAGAGAGUAAAUUUUAAGAUGAAUUACUAAGAUCAAACAGUGCAUAAUUAAAGUUUAUAUUUUAUUUUAUUUUUCUUUGGUAAUAUCUGUAUUUACCAUACAAUAAUUAAGUGCCAUAAUAUUAUUUUGAAAAGUUUUAUAAAAAAGUUUAUUUAAGACAGUGAAUUAGGUAAAACUGUAAACCAGUUUACUAUGGAUUCAUUUUCUAAAAUACUGUCUUCUCUAUCCUUUCUACUUAAGGGAUUGUAGUACUCAAGGAUCCUAAAAGACAAUUUAAUAAAUCUUACAGUUUUGAUCUUAACAAUGUUAAUUUUCAUUAUUCAUCAUUUCAUUCUGGUACUAUAUAAUAAAUCAUCCCUCUUAUAUGCUCUUCAUUAUGUAUCUAUAUUUAUAUUUUUCAAAGCUACCUUUAUAUGUCUGUAUGUAACUAAAUUAGUACCAAAACAUAUCUAAAUAUCCAAAAAGGUUUGGGAUAUGAUUUAGGAUAUGGAGCUCUUAGAAAAAAGUUCUUUUUUUUUUUCUUUCAGCCCAUCAAAUAGGUUCAGCAUUAAAUUUACAGGUUCUAUUGUGGUAAAAAAAGAUUCAAAUGUGAUGCUAUCUGGGAGAACCUGUACGAUGUCAUAUCUUGUAGGGCUAGGUAAAAAAAAUUUUAAUAGAUUUUUAUUUUAUUUUUUUUUAUGACGUCAAUUCACAUGCUCGCUGUGCUUUCAGUAUCUGUCAUCUCACUAUGAUGAUAUGAAUACGCAAAUUUCAUCCCCAGCUGCUCUGAGAGUCACUUCAUUAGCAUUUUAUUGUUUAAUUUGACAAAACUACCAUCAUAUCACAUAGACAGCUGCUGCAAGUUCCUUACAGCAACCUAUCAAAAUAAAGGUUUAUUUUAACAAGAAGAAACUGUCAAAAAUAUAUUACUAUUUAGCACUCUGGGGCCCUUCUUUUAAUGAUGUAGCAAGUACAUUGGAUGUUAUUGGAAGUGUUCCCAGUUCCGGUUGACCAAAUUAAUGCAGCCUAAAAAUUAUUUAAUGGAUUUGAAUAUUAGAAAUGUUUUAGUGUCUUAUGUGUAAUUCAAGUUAAAGAGAUUGGUUUUUAAUCUAGAUUUAAACUGACUUUAAACUGAGUGUACUCUGCCUCCCGAACAAUGUUAGAAAGGUUAUUCCAGAGUUUGUGCACUAAAUAGGAAAAGGAUCUGCCGCCCGCAGUUUAUUUUAUAAAAUUUUUCCAGCGAUUUUUAUCAUAUUUCACUGCUGUUUCUAUACAUGCUGUUUUUAUGUCCCGGUGACCGGUGAAAGUGCAGUUCUGAUUCUCAGCCCAUUCAUUUAGAUAGGAGCUGGUCUUGUUAUUCUGAAAUAGCUGCCCGGAGGCGUUGCCAAGAUGGCAGGCCGAGUGGCACGACUUGCCUGAAAGGACUUUGACUAUAAUGUAACAAGAUAUCAUUCGAAUACUGCGGUGCUAAAUUCAGGGAUUUAUAAGUAACAAGCAACUACUACUAAUAUAUAUUAAUAAAUCUUAAUUUUUAAAGGAAUUAUCAAAUUUGUUUUCUUUUUAAUUUUAACAGUAAAUCUCUGUUAUGCAGCACUUUGCUUGCCAAAAAAUAAGUUUUUUUCACUUUAUUAGGAUACAUUAAAUUGUUUUAUGCCUUCAUCUGUUUACCAGAAAAAAAUAAGAACAUUUUAUAUGGUCUAUAUUAUUGUUUAAAAAAUAAAAUAAAGGUUUAAAAUACA